CUUCCUCUGGAUCAACUGGCAGUUAGGCAGGUUAAAAAAAAGUAAAAAUAUUGAACUUGAUGGACGUGUGUCUUUUUUCAACCUUACUCACUAUGUUACUAUAAAACAGUCAUUGAGUACAAUAUGAAUAACAGUUUACCUCUUGCAAUGCCCUUGUAGAAAACAAUAUGUGGGGAGGACUAUGAGAAAGUUAAAGACCAGAUUGGGGCAACAUAUAAGAAAUAUAAAAAAGGGGUAUAUGAUUAUUUAUCUGAACAUUUUGCUAAGGCACACAAUAAACAUCCAAGUGGCCAUACAAAAUCCAACUGGAGAGGAGGAGACACAAAAUGGAGUCUCUCCCAAGAAGAAAUGAAAUGGAUAUACCAACUGGGGACGCUGGCACCUCAGGGGUUAAAUCUUGAUUUUGAUUUAACAUGUUUUUUAAGACAGAUUUUAUGAGUGUAUUGUUUGAAAUAUUUGCAACUGUGAUUUUACUAAAUUAUAAGUUUUUGAACAAGUGAGUGCAAAAUGUUUUACCCAUUUAUGUCUAUUUAAAUUGGACAAUCCAGUGUACCCUUGUGAUCUUACACCUAUAAAUAUUAGGGAAGGGGGUGCCCAAGGUACACGGAAGUGUAUUGUAUACAUAACAACACAUUAGGCUGUGUCAAGGAGUCUUUAAUGUACGUCUAGAUUUAUAACUAUUUUGUUGAAUUGAUUAAAAUUCUUCUCAUUCUUUUCUGAUUGGAGUGGAGAGACUAAGAGAGAGCACUAGGACCCUGCAGACACCAGGAGGAAAGUCACAUGGGAGGAUGGGAGAAUGAAACUGCUGGGAAUUUAUAGAAGGUGGAAUUUCUCUAGACUUAAAGUAAAUUGCUUUAUAUCAUACAGUUGUGAUUAGAAGAAGUCUGCUGUGCAAGGAACUCGCUGUGAUUUUGGAUUGGAGGGAUCACAAGUGGAGGAGCAGGACCAUCACUGCACUUGUACUUUGUGUUCCUCUAGAAGAGACGAGUGUCUAUUGAGAGGGGUUGGGAAGAGCGAUGUUUCCAGGCUGGAGAGGAACCAUUGAUUUGUAGAGGGAAAGAGAUUUUACGAGUAGAAGACAACAUGAUGCUCUAAUGCAGCAACAAUAGAGAGGAAAAUCCAAGGUCGGCAGAUUUCUUGUCAGGCGCAGAGACAUCUUCAUGAGCAAUGGGAAAUACCCUUAUUAUCAUUAACAGAUCAAAACAUUUGGUCACGUAUGUUUGUGCCUAUCAGGUCUCCCAGCAAACUCUGGCAUAUGGGAAGCUGAAAGAAGGACACUCUGUUACUAUUUUUCACCAGUUUUCUGUCCCCUGUUAUUUGUAUAUAAAAAGAGGAGAUUGUUCUGAAGCCGACUGCCGUGUGCACCCAGACUAUUUCUGGAUCUAUAACCCCAUCAGUAGCCCUGUGUAUACAAUUGAAGAAUUGACUCCUCACAGAACAAACCUGAAAAGGGACAAGGACAGCAAGAAAAACCUGGUAGGCACUGGCCCUCAUGGACCCCAUCGACCGAGGCCCGCUCCCCACUGGAACUUUGGGUGUUGCAUCCCCACACUCAAUCGUGGUUACAAGGAUGAAGUCAAAGUUGGAAGCCGAGAGAAUGAUGAGAGGAGUCAGUGCCUGAGCCGAGAACAUGGAAUAUUGUGUAACUGGGAAAGUGCUGGGAUUUCUCUCCUUCUUUCUGCUUCUCCUGCUGCUGCAGCAAUGUUCCUCUCUGGAAGUAACAGUUCCCUCCUCUCAGUCCUCCCUGAUUGGAAGAGAUGUCCUACUUCCCUGCACAUUCCGAGUGGAUAAUCCUCCAGUGAAUCCCAAGUUCCUCGCUCUCUUGUGGCAUUUUGGAGACAAGGAGGUUCUGAGAUACGACACAAAAGGGAAGGUCUCCAGCCCCCGGAUAUCCAUAGAUGAGAAACUUAUACUGGAAGGCAAUGCCUCAUUGUCUCUCUCCAACGUGACCAUCUCUGAUGGAGGAACCUACAGGUGCUCAGUCAUUUACAGCCCAGACACCCAACAGAAGGAGAUCAGGCUGCACAUUCAUGCGGUGCCAGAGGUUGCGGUUGCUAAGAGAACUCUCAUUAAGAACCAGGGAACUUCCCUUCACUGCUCAGUAACUCAUUUCUACCCACAAUCCAUCACUGUGACUUGGCUCAGGAACGGGAAGCUAUUGGCCAACUCAGUUCUGGGGCCCCUUCAUCAGAAUGCGGAUGGAACGUUCAGACAGAACAGCACCCUGACUCUCACCCCCUCCGACACCCUGAAUAACCCAGAGAUUGUCUGUCAGGUGCAACAUGAAUCCCUCGCCACCCCCAGGCAAGAUAGUUACAAGGUGCAGUAUGGAGUGCCUCCGUCAGUACAAGUCUAUUCAGCCAAGAUCAAUGGACUGCCGGAGCAGGUAUUGGUGUGUGAAGCGGCUCAGUUCCAACCAGAACCAGUGCAGAUAAAAUGGAUCUUGAAUGGGAAAAUUGCUGAAGAUCCAAGGAAAAGCAAAGAUGGGGGAUUCAAAAAAGGUUCUUAUUACUUGAUGAACCCAAUGACUGGGAGCCAAGAGGGAAACAUCUCCUGUGAGGUGGAACAUGAGACUCUGCUACAUCCCAUCACUGAGACUCUACAGCUGAGACAAGAGGACCCUGAAAGAAAAUAUCCAGUAAGGAAUAUGUUAGCGGCCAUCUUUCUCACCGUGUUGCUGACCGGGGCCGGAAUUACUGCGGCUCUCUGGUAUUUUAUAUUCAAACUCAAAUAUUUCCAGAGAUUCUGGGUGAGUCACAUACACAGGAGUCAGAUGUUGGAUGGGGAGAAGGUGACUCUGUACUGUGUGGCCUCUGACUGCCCUAAGGACCCCCAGGUGAUAUGGACAGUGGAGGAGAAUGAUGGGAAGAAGAUGGAGAUAACAGAGGAUGAGCCCCAGGCAGAAGGAGAAGGGAAGAAGUUGCUGGAUCAGGAAUUCUCUGUAAGAACAGACAGAACAGAGACAGACGGGAGACACAAUGUCACCUCCUCCCUCAGCUUCACCCCUGAUGUAUCAAAGCACAAGGAGAUGUCUGUGUUCUGCAAGUUUGUCUGUGAUGGAAAAGCCAAAGAGGAACAAAUACACUGUUCCUUUAUCUUAUUAAAGCCCAAGGAUUCCAUGAAGCUUUCCCUGAGUGAGUCAGGAGAGGUUCUGAGCUGUCUGACCCUGAGGGAGUUUUACCCCAGAGAGAUCCAGAUCAGAUGGAGCUGUGGAGUUGGACACUACCAGCAACUGGAAUCCAAUGGAAAAACCACAACCAACUCUGGCAGCAGCUUUAAUAUUGAGAGUGAGUGUAAGCUCCCAGGACAUCUCUUCAAAGAUCCAGGAUUCAAAGUGCGAGUGACCUGGAACCACCGAUCCAGUGAUGGGGAGGAGUCCAGGGAAUUCUCAGCGUGGGAUCCAGAAUUCCCCUGGUGCCCAUGGAUGGAAGAGAUAAUAAAUCCUGAUACCCUGAUACACAGAAAAGAAGGCAAAUUCCAGUGUAAGAUCUGGGGGUAUUUCCCUGAUGCUCUGGAGGUGGAAUGGUUGAGGAGAGAAGCAGGAGGGAAGGAAUUAUUCUCUGUGUGUCCCAGUGAGAAAUACAAGAUCCCAGAGAUGGAGCAGAAGAGAGAAGCUGAUGGGACCUUCUCCUGCACAGUCAGUCUCAUUGUCUCUGUGUCAGCAAUAACUGAGCAGGGGGCAGAGUUUAUCUGCCAGGUGGGACACCCCAGUCUGCGUGAACUCCUAAAGAGAAGCACCGGGGCCCUCAGAGUGAGAGGGGUCCCAGUUAUGACAAACAUUACCCAGAAGGACAGACACAUCAUCAUGGAAAUAGAUCAGUUCUACCCACAGAAUAUUGAGGUUACCUGGCACAGAGCUGGGAAAGAGCGAAAGGAUUAUAAGAAGAUCCCUGAUGCUGAUAUACACAAUGAACUAUAUGAGAACAGUGACGGCUCCUACAGACUCACCAGUACAUGUGAGGGAAUGAAUCUUGUGGAUAAGAUGAAUCCAUUUGAUGUGUAUUUCACUGUUAAGGUGCAACAUGAGACACUAAACCCUCCAAUGAGAAAAGAGCUCCUACGGGACAAAGGAGUCUAUUAUCUGCUGUCAGAGGGGCAGAAACGCCCAUUGUCUAAAUAUACAGAUCCAGCCCCCAACAAUGAGGAGCCAGUGGAGAGGAACUGAAGAGGCAGGAAAAACACCAACACCCCCAGUUACAGGGCAACAGAAUGUAGGAAAUGCCCCUGGGGAAGGAAAGAGCAAUGGAAAGAUAUUUAUUCCCUAAGAACAAUCCUCAGUGACGCAGCGGUUGGUUUGUGACACAAAGUGCUGGACUCGUGGCUUUAGUUGGUACCAGUGAAGGGGCAACAGAAUGUAGGAAAUGCCCCUGGGAAUGGAAAGACUGAUAUUUAUUCCCUAAGAACAAUCCCCAGCAGCCCCAGUUGUCCUGGACCCCCCCCCCCAGUCUGAAGCUGGACUCAAUACUCAAUACUCAAUACACACUAUAGGAAGUGCUGAUGUGCCUGUCUGUAAUUAGAACAUUAGAAAUUAGACUGUAAGCUCUGAUGGUUAGGGGUAUAAUUGAUACAAUACAGUUCUUUUCCAAGGUUAUAUUUCUCCAUUUACAAUCAUGAUCCAUUUAAAGUUGAACCACCAUUAAACAAAAAAUCACAGAUAUGAAUGUCCAAAUGUGUAACAUGUUUAGUUAAUGUUAAUAAGUAACAUUUUUUGACAACAAAACACGCAGUACCUUUUCAUUGAAGCCUAUAACUUAUCCCUCAGCAUCUCGCCCACCUACCCCCUUACAUUUUACUUGCACACUCACUGCUCUUCCCAUUACUAUUCUAACUAACAGGGACAUUACCCCAACACUGUCUCCCCUCACCAUAUGUCUCACUUCCUCUUGCUCGUAGAUUGUAAGCUCUUGUGAACAGGGCCCUCCUUCAAUUGUCUCUGUGUGACAGUAACAAUGAAUAGAUUGUGGGGACAUAUCUGUGUUGCCCCUUGUGUCUGUAUUAUGAGAUAUGAUGAGAUAUGAUGAGAUAUGAUGACAUGAGGAGAUAUGAUGACAUGAGGAGAUAUGAUGAGAAAUGAUGAGAUACUGUAUGAUGAGAUAUGAUGAGAUAUGAUGAGAUAUGAUGAGAUACAUUGUGUAGAACAAAUAUUAAUUAGUGUUAAUCAGGCCACAGAUCCCAAAAACUCCUGCUCCCCCCUAUACUCACUGUAUAUUUUAUGAUAUAUCCUCACACUAACCAAUAUCACGCCUUUGUAUUUGUAUCCUCAGGAACCACAUUCCUGCUCUUGUACCUUCCCAAUGUGGGAACUUGUAACUCUUCCCUGUGCCCACUGUGUGUCUAUAUAAAUCCACAUUCACAUUCCCCACAAUUCAGUGUGGGCCAAUAAUCUGCCUGUAGUGCCCGAUCUGUUUCGGUUGAACUACAGUUCCCAGCAUUCCCUCCAAUCUGCUGCCGUCAUGCCUGGCUAAUCCACUGCAAACUGCUGUAAGGACUGAUGGUGGGAGAAUCAGUUUAGUAACUCUUGUCUCCUGGUUCAGAAGGCGUUAACUAAAGGCUUUCUGGGCAUUGUGGGAGUUGUAGUUCAGUAUGAUAUAUACACACAUCAGAUGUAUGUGCAUCAGUACAAAUACAAGUAAUGACUGUGUGAUCACUGCAGGCUAUGGUCAAGGUCACAGAUAUUGCACUUGUUGGGGUUUAUUUCUAUAUAAAACAUGAAUCUGUGGGAGAGACAAAUAACAAGGUCCAUGCCCCUCCCCCCAUGAUUCAGGAGUCAGUCCCAGCAGUGACCGCUUUGUCUGUGCAGCAAAGGAUCUUGGUAAGUUUCAUUUUCCGGGAAAUCUGUGAGUUUCAGGAAUCAGUAGAAGGAGCUUGAGCGGAUGUUGUAUUUACUCACCCCCUCCCUCUUUCUCCUCCUCCCCCCAGUCCUGUGUGACUCCUUAUGUAAAGUCACUAUAUCAUCAUCAUCAUCAUCAUUUAUUUAUAUAGCGCUGUCAAGAUACGCAGUGCUUUACUGCAGUUAUAGCAAACAGGGAAUAAAUGGUGGAUAACAGACAAGGAUUACAGAGUACA